GUCAAUGAUAGAAUCUAAAAUCAUGUGUAACGUCGUCAAAUGUCACGUCACUGUCAAACUCAAUAGUAGAAGUACCUACCAUUUGUAGGUUAUGUUCUCGUGGUGUUUAUGUUGUGUUGUUGUGAAUCGAUAACUUCAACAAUAAUUAACAGUGCAGUGUAUUUACAAAAUGAAAAAAGGCAAGAAGUUUUUUGGGAAAAAGAAAAACACAUUUAAGUCAGCUACUAAAAAGAAAAAGGCUGCAGAAGACAGAAUAGUAAACAAGAAAGCUUUAUUUAACAGAUAUAAAAAUGCACAAAAAGUUGAGGAGGAAUUGGAGAAGAAAAGGAAAUUGGAGGAGAAAUUACAGCAGCAAAUUCAAUAUUCUGAGAGUGAGGAAGAAGAAGACGCUUAUGAUCAGUUGUUGUCCUGUUUUAGUAGUAAGAAAAGGACUCCGGUAGCGGAAAGUGAAGAGGAUAGUCGUAGCGCCAGUGACAUGGAUGAUGAUGACGAGGCUAUGGAAACUACUGAGGGGAAACACGAUGAUGGUAACAAUAUUGAUGAAGAAGAUGAAGGAAGUGCAAGUGAUGAUGACAGUGGAGAAGAUGAGAUACAAAUAGACAAUGAAGAAGUAGAUGAGCCUGAUAUGGUAGAUGAUCCAUUCUCGAAACAUCUACAGUAUGAUUUGGGAAAUGAGUUACUAGUUUCUCUAACCAACACACCACCUACUAUGGAAACUACAACUAAGAUCUGGCCUGUCUUAGGACAUCUAUCCAUUGUCAUACCUAAACCUAUAGAGACACUUUCUAAAAAAGUAAAACCAAAAGUUUCCAUUUUGGAAGAAAGCACAUAUGCAUCUAUGGGAACAGUACCAACAUUGGUAAACAAAAUUGACUUUGAGCAGUUACAUAUAAAAUCUCAGAUACAAGGCAAUAUUGUGUCAGCAAAUAAAACUAAUUUAAUAAAAAGGGACUUGGAACUUACAGAAGUGUUUACUCCUUUACAAAAGGAAUUGUUUUGUAUUUUAAAUAACUACCAAGACUUGUAUUACCCUGAGAGAUCUUUCAGUAAUGCAGAUGAGAUUAGAUAUACCUACUGCCUUCAUGUUGUUAAUCAUAUGUUGAAAACUAGAACCAAAAUUCUACACCAUAAUGCUAAAUUAUCAAAGAAGAGUGACUUGUCUGAUGAAUAUCGGGAUCAGGGAUUGGUGAGACCCAAGGUUUUAAUAAUGGUGCCAUUCAAAGAUGCUGCCUACAGAGUUGUGAAGACUUUAAUAGAAAUCCUUGUACCAAAAGAAGCUGGGGAAGUGGUGAACAAGAAGCGGUUUGAAGAAGACUUUACAGGCGGUGAACUGAUCAUGCCCAGAAAGAACCCGAAACCAGAAGAUUAUGAGCUAAUGUUUAGUGGCAACACUGAAGACACAUUUAGACUUGGCAUGUCAGUCACUAAGAAAACUCUUAAGCUCUAUACAGAUUUCUACUCAUCAGACAUAAUAGUGACGUCACCAUUGGGUUUGCGAAUGAUAGUGGGUGCAGAGGGCGAGGAAGAUCGUGACUUCGACUUUCUGGCUUCCAUAGAAGUGCUAAUCAUGGACCAAGCAGAUGUCUUCCUCAUGCAGAACUGGGAUCAUUUGCUUCACGUUUUAGAUCAUUUCCACUUGCAACCUAAGAAAACGCAUGGAACUGACUUCUCCAGAGUUAGAUCUUGGGCUGUCAACGGAUGGGCGAAAUACUACAGACAAACUCUGAUGUUCUCGUCGGUAGCAUUGCCAGAGAUAAAGUCUGUGAUGAAUAAGAAAUGCCACAACUACGCUGGACGAAUAUUAGUCGAAAAUCCCACAGACAUUGGCAGCAUACAGCAGGUUCUGGUGCAAGUGCCACAAGUUUUUCACAGGUUUACAGCAGCGAAUCCAUUAGAAUCAGUAGAGGCCAGGUUCCAAUACUUCAUUAAGGAGAUUCUACCGAAACAGAGAGACACACUGAUGAGCCACACACUCAUCUAUGUACCAAGUUACUUCGAUUAUGUACAGAUUAGAAAUUACUUCAAAAAAGAAGAUAUUGGUUUUGUACAGAUUUGUGAAUAUUCUAAGGAUGCCAAAAUAGCUCGCGCAAGAGAUAUGUUCUUCCAUACAGAAGCUCAUUUCUUGCUGUACUCGGAAAGAGUACAUUUCUUCAGAAGAUUCAGAAUAAAGGGCAUACGCCACAUAAUAUUUUACCAACCGCCUACAUAUCCUCAUUUCUUUUCCGAAAUGUGCAAUUUAAUGCAGGAAGUGAACCAGAAUAAAUUUGGUGGUAGCGAGUGUAACAUGACAGUGUCGGUGCUAUACUGUCAGUAUGACUUGCCUCGCCUCGCCGCGGUGCUCGGGGCCGCCCGCCUCGCGCGAGUCAUGAGGUCUGAUAAUUCCGUGCACAUGUUCGUCACGGGAGAAAAGUAG